AUGAUUCUCUCACUCGCCCAUUGGCCCACUGGACACUUGGAUCUCGGUCUAGAAGCUAUUCUUACCCUGAUAGCAUCGGCAGCUCUGGCAUUUACUUUGCUGACUGCAGUUGCACUGGUGAUAACGUCUCGCCAGUGGUCAAAUAAAGGCGUGCCUUUCGUCACAGGAAAGGGUCCAUUAUCAAUCCCAUACCAGCAAUACCGCUUCCUGAUCGACGGUCCAGGCCUCCUCAAAGAAGGCUACAACCGCUUCUCAGACGAUCUUUUUGAGAUCCCUCGGACCUUUCGGCCGGGCCAGGUGAUCCUAUGUAAGCCUGAACUCAUUGAGGAGUUGAAGAACGCUUGCCGCACGGCUGCAUCUCCCGAACCAUGGAUCGACCAGUUACUCCAGAUCUCGCAUGUGAUGCCUGGUUAUUUCCCCAAGGGCGGUGGAUGGCCUGCUAUUGCGAAGACUACGCCUGGGGUUAUUCGAGGCACGGUAUAUAAGCAGUUGGAUCGGUAUUUGCCGACUAUGAAUGAGGCGGUUCUUUCGCAGUUGGGCAUGUUGGAGUUUUCGGAUGGUGAAUGCUCUGUUGGCUGCUUUGAUUUUGCAUACUCCAUUGUAGCUCGCAGUGGGAGCUUUGCGUUGGUCGGAGAGCGUCUUGCUCGCGAUGAAGGAUACUUUGGUGGAUUUAUCAGCCGGCUUGCUACCAUGUGCACUCACUGGAACAUGCAUUCCUCACGCAAAAUUCUGCUCCGACACUUUGAUGCCAGGGCAGCUGAGUAUAAGGCUGACAUGUCUCGUGAUGUGCUCAAUGGGGAGAAAACCAAUAAUGAAAACUCGGAGCAGCCGAUCACGCAGGUUGAGGUAUUCCGCUGGUUAUAUGAUGCCUCUGUAAUCCGUCAACGAUGGACUUACUCCGAGGUGAUUGGAGAGAUGCUACUUCUCCAAUUUGCAUUUAUCUAUACAACAGCCUAUGCCCUAUAUGGAGCUGUAGCAGAACUCGCUCAGCGCCCAGAAUACAUCCCGGCACUACGAGAGGAAAUCGAAGCCACAAUCUCCGAUCUAGGAAUGACCGUCGCCUCAUGCGAUAAGAUGGUCUUGCUAGACAGUUUUCUCAAAGAAUGCCAGCGAAUGCACCCCCCUGCAGCCGGUGUCGUGCUUAAACCCGGAACGCACGUCGGUGUCCCGAGCGGCUGGAUCCAGCGAUCAAGUAAAACAUACAUCGACCCAGGGGUCUUCGACGGCUUCCGAUUCGCAAAGGCUGCUGCGGCCGGUGCUUCGGGUACGAAGCUUGUUGACCUGAGUCCUGAUUAUCUGGUCUUUGGAAUGGGCGUGCAUGCAUGUCCCGGCCGAUGGAUGGCGAGUGCGCUGAUGAAGUUGGCGCUUGCGCAUCUGCUGUUGCAAUUUGAUAUUCUGCCUAGCUCGGAACGGGAGCCUUUGACUGGGUCGUUGUCGUUUGAGGAGUUCUACGUGCCCAAUUUUGGGUUGAAGGUGCGAUUGCGGCGUAGGGUGUGA